CUUUAUUAAGACAAAAUAGAAACAAAGGUUUUUUUGAAUUGAAUGGUGUUGGAAGAUAAAAACAAACUUUUGACACAUUUGCCAACGAGUUUACACAAUAAAUCGUCAAAAUUGCUACUCUAACACCUUUAGCGAGCACACGCAACGCCCAAGACAGCGUUUGCAAAGGCUCCAACACCACUAAGCCAAAGGUAGAGGGAGCUAGCUGCAGUAGCACAACACAACAGGCAAAGACAGAACAAUCAACGUCGUCGGGAUCAUAUCCCAGUGGCAGUAACAGUACUUGUUUAGUGGCUGUUACCCGCGCCAUCGAGGGUAAAUUACAAUUGACUGCCAGUCCUUGUGACGAUUUGGUAUUGGUGACCACGUCCAAAAUGUCCGGAGAUCAAAAGACUUUAAUUAAGGGUCAUAGUUCUCAGUAUGUGAAACUGAAUGUAGGUGGCCGUUUGUAUUACACCACAAUUGGAACGCUGACAAAACACAAUGACACCAUGUUGAGUGCCAUGUUCAGUGGGCGCAUGGAGGUGUUGACCGAUUCGGAAGGCAAGUGAAUUUGAAUAAUACGAAAAAAAAAUAUUUAUGAAUUUAAUACAUUUUUAGGUUGGAUUCUUAUUGAUCGCUGUGGCCAACAUUUUGGCACCAUUCUUAAUUAUCUGCGCGAUGGUACUGUCCCCCUGCCGGAAUCUCAUCGAGAAAUUGCCGAACUACUAGCCGAAGCAAAAUACUACUGUAUCACUGAGUUGGCCAUGUCAUGUGAACGUGCCUUAUUGGCACAUCAAGAACCUAAACCAAUUUGUCGCAUUCCUCUUAUAACAUCGCAGAAAGAAGAACAAAUGCUGAUAAGUUCAUCAUCGAAACCAGCCGUAAUAUUGGUGGUGCAACGACAAAACAACAAGUAUUCAUAUACCAGCAAUUCGGACGAUAAUCUAUUGAAGAAUAUAGAACUGUUUGAUAAGCUGUCAUUGCGUUUCAAUGAGCGUAUCUUGUUCAUAAAAGAUGUCAUUGGACCGAGUGAAAUAUGCUGCUGGUCCUUUUAUGGUCAUGGCAAAAAGGUGGCCGAAGUUUGUUGUACUUCCAUCGUGUAUGCUACAGAUCGUAAACAUACUAAGGUAGAAUUUCCGGAAGCUCGUAUAUAUGAGGAGACCUUACAGGUGUUGUUGUAUGAAAAUCGUAAUGCUCCCGAUCAGGAGCUAUUACAAGCCACCUCCUCGGUACGUAAUCCUUCGGGUGGUGGUUCAUCGUCGGGUGCCUCAGGUGCGGGAUCUAGUGGUAUGCAUCAGUAUACAAGUGAUGAAGAGGAAGAACGUACUGGUCUGGCUCGUUUGCGUUCAAAUAAACGCAAUAAUCCUACAUGAUUUGUAACCCAUUAUGUGGUGCGACCACGACCCAUACUUCCCUAACUAUGGCGUACCAGUGGUAGUGAUAGUGCUUAAAAAAAAGCUACUCCAACAGAGAUUUAUAAAAAAAGUUUCAGGGUUUCAGUUCUAAAACUCGAACAAAAAUACAGCCAACAAGCUAAAUCUACAAGCAUAUUCUAAAUAUUUAAUAUGUUCAUCAAUAACAAAUAAACAAUAGCUGUUAAAUGUUUUUAUUUCCUAUAAUAAUAUGUGCCAACAUAAAGUGGCACAAGGAACUAUAAAAAAACAUCCUCCUCAUCCAUAAAACGAAAUUUGUAUGUUCAGCCAUUAAUAAUAAAGCAGCUUAUAACAAUUACAUAUUUUAAUUAUUCAUUUCCUGUUUAUUUUCUAUUAUCCUAAAACGACAUAAUGAAUAUUGUAUUAACUUCUUUUUUAUAAAGUAUUUUUAUUUUUGAAACCUUUAAUUUUGAUACUACUCGUAUGUUUUUAAGAAAAAUAAAAAAAUAUUGAAUAUUUAUUCUGUUAAUGUAUCAAUUACAUGUUUAUGUACGUACACACUUUUAAAAAUGUUCAACAAUCUUAAAAAAACUGUUAAAAUAAAAAAUAAAUUGUAUUAAUAUGAAAAAUAA